AUGUCCCUUCCGCCGCCGAUACACUCAACGGCAGUCUCCGCCGCAAAUACCAUUCUGGACAAACUCUCACACUCCAAAACACUCAACCACGUCAAGCAACUCCACGCCCAUAUCCUCCGUACAGUAAUCGACAACGACCUCAGCUCCUUUCUCUUCGACCUCUGUUUCUCUUCUUCCUCUAUCAGUCUCAGCUACGCUCUCUCACUCUUCUCUUCUAUUCCCACUCCGCCGGAGUCAGUAGUGUUCAAUCCCUUUCUCCGGGAUCUCUCUCGAUCCAAUGAACCUAGAGCGACGAUUCUGUUCUACCAGAGGAUUAGACACGCUGGUGGUCGUCUUGAUCAGUUCAGUUUCCCUCCGAUUCUCAAAGCAGCUUGUAAAGUCUCGGCCUUUUUCGAGGGUAUGGAGAUUCACGGCGUUGCGUUCAAGAUGGCGACUUUGUCUGACCCGUUUGUACAGACUGGUCUUAUGGAUAUGUAUGCGUCUUGUGGCAGAAUUGAGUGUGCGCGUAACGUGUUCGACGAAAUGUCUCAGAGAGAUGUUGUUACUUGGAAUACUAUGAUUGACAGGUAUUGCCGAUGCGGUCUUUUAGAUGAAGCCUUUAAGCUUUUUGAGGAGAUGAAGUUUUCUAAUGUGAUGCCAGAUGAGAUGAUUCUAUGUAACAUUGUCUCGGCAUGUGGUCGUACUGGAAAUAUGAGCUAUAACAGAGCGAUUUACGAUUUCUUGAUCGAGAAUGAUGUUAGUAUGGAUACUCAUUUGUUAACUGCUCUUGUUACUAUGUAUGCUGGAUCAGGCUGUAUGGAUAUGGCAAGGGAGUUUUUUGAGAAGAUGUCAGUGAGAAAUUUGUUUGUUUCAACUGCCAUGGUUUCUGGGUAUUCAAAAGCUGGGAGACUCAAUGAGGCCCGGGUUAUAUUUGACCAAACGGAAAAGAAAGAUUUGGUGUGUUGGACCACUAUGAUUUCUGCUUAUGCUGAAAAUGAUCAUCCUCAAGAAGCGUUAAGAGUUUUUGAUGAAAUGCGUUACUCCGGGAUAAAACCUGAUUUGAUUACCAUGUUCAGUGUUAUAUCAGCUUGUGCGAACCUUGGUACUCUGGGUAACGCGAAAUGGGUUCACCAUUACACACAUAUUAGCGGGUUGGAGUCAGUGUUGCCAAUAAACAAUGCUCUCAUUAACAUGUAUGCGAAAUGUGGAGGUUUGAAUGAAGCAAGAAACGUGUUUGAGAACAUGCCAACGAGGAAUGUAGUGUCCUGGAGCUCUAUGAUCAAUGCAUAUUCCAUGCAUGGAGAAGCCAGUGAUGCGCUUAUCUCAUUCGCCCGAAUGAAGCAGGAAAAUGCCGUGCCCAAUGCUAUUACUUUUGUUGGAGUUCUCUAUGGUUGUAGCCACUCAGGACUAGUUGAAGAAGGUAAAAAGAUCUUUGCAUCAAUGACUGAUGAAUACAAUAUUACUCCAACACUUGAGCACUACGGAUGUAUGGUAGAUCUCUUUUGUCGAGCUAAUCGCUUACAAGAAGCUCUUGAGAUUAUAGAAUCAAUGCCAAUGGCGCCUAAUGUAGUCAUAUGGGGAUCAUUGAUGUCAGCUUGUAGGGUUCAUGGGGAGUUGAAGUUAGGUGAAUCCGCAGCCAAACACAUCCUCAAGUUGGAGCCUGAUCAUGACGGGGCUCUUGUGUUAAUGUCCAAUAUAUACGCUAGAGAACAGAGAUGGGACGAUGUAAGAAACAUAAGAUGUGUUAUGAAGGAAAAGAAUGUGUUCAAGGAGAAAGGUCUUAGCCGGAUUGAUCUAAACGGGAAAUCACACGAGUUUCUGAUUGGUGACAAGAGGCACAAGCAAUCAGAUAAGAUUUAUGCAAAGCUAGACGAGGUUGUAAGUAAACUGAAGCUGGCCGGUUAUGUUCCGCACUCCGGUAGCGUUUUGGUGGAUGUCGAAGAGGAAGAAAAAAACGAUUUGGUUCUAUGGCAUAGCGAAAAGCUUGCGCUUUGCUUUGGUCUGAUGAAUAAGGAAGAAGAGAAAGGCUCAUGCGGUACUGUUAUUAGGAUAGUAAAGAAUCUAAGGGUCUGUGAGGAUUGUCACACUUUCUUCAAGCUCGUUUCUAAAGUGUAUGAACGAGAGAUCAUAGUGAGAGAUCGAACUAGGUUUCACCAUUAUAAAGACGGUCUAUGUUCUUGCAGAGAUUACUGGUAAGUAGUGAUUGGCAAAAUUAAUACUUAAUUCA